GCAGUCCAGCUGAUCGUCGCCAUCUUGAUUCAGACAUAAACAACACCCAAGAGUUGCGAUCUUUAUAGCUCAGUCACAGAUAGACCAAUGCAAGGUUUAGUUAAAAAUCGUUGACUCAGUGGUUGCGAUGGCAAUUUAAUGGUGUUGGUAUCUUCAGGACAAAAAUCUUCAAUUUUCCUUGUCAUUGGGAAAACGUCAACAAACUCGUGGGCGAUUGAGGCAUUUUAAAGGCUAUGGGUGGCCUGUCCAGAAAUAAACAUGGCGAUACGUCUGCUUUUUACUUGCGCUAACCAGUAGGAUGGGAGGCCAGUGACGUGUAGGGGGGAGGGGGGAGGGGGGGGGGGGGACUGGACAGAGUUGCUGGUAGUGGUGGUGCUCUUGUAAAAUGGACCAGGAAUAUGAGAGAAGGCUGCUGAAGCAAAUCAACCAUCAGAACCUACCAGAGGGCCAGCAGGCUAAGUCUGGAGGUACGACCUGCAGUCCUCUCAGUGUCAAAUCUGGGGACCGAUUCAUUCCUACCCGUGUUGGAAGCAACUGGUGCAUCAACUUCCACUAUGCCAACGAGAACUGUCAAUCUCCCAACCAGAACCACAGGUCGAAGGAUGCUGGGUCAGACACGGGGAAAGACACUGUGGCAUAUGCUGCCCUGCUGAGGAACGAGUUGCUGGGGGCGGGGAUAGAGAGCGUUCCAGACCUCCACACUGAGGACCGCCGUCACACCGUCUUCUCCCAGGACACACACAGCCUCUUCAGGUACACAGUCCACACUAAGAGAGUGCCUUUUGACAGUGGCAAUGAAGUCUCGCCAUACUCGCUCUCCCCACUCAGCAACAAGAGUCACAAGCUCCUUCGUUCCCCUCGGAAGCCAGCCCGUAAGAUCUCCAAGAUCCCCUUCAAAGUGCUCGACGCCCCUGAGCUGCAGGAUGACUUCUACCUCAACCUGGUAGACUGGUCCGCUGGCAACCUGCUGUCUGUGGGCCUGGGGGCCUGUGUGUACCUGUGGAGCGCCUGCACCAGCCAGGUGACAAGACUGUGUGACCUGUCAGUGGAUGGGGACUCUGUGACAUCAGUGUGUUGGAAUGAAAGGGGGAGCCUCGUUGCUGUGGGAACCCAUAAGGGCUAUGUUCAGAUCUGGGACGCAGCUGGAGGGAGAAAGCUGACCAGUCUGGAAGGCCACUCGGCUCGUGUCGGAGCACUGGCGUGGAAUGGAGAACAGCUGUCUUCAGGCAGCAGGGACCGUGUGAUCCUCCAGAGGGACGUCCGCACCCCUCCGUCCGCUGAGAGGAGGCUCCAGGGCCACAGGCAGGAGGUGUGUGGCCUCAAGUGGUCCCCCGAUCACCAGCACCUGGCCUCUGGGGGCAACGACAACAAGCUGCUGGUGUGGAACAGCUCCAGCCUGCUCCCGAUGCAGCAGUACAGUGACCACCUGGCUGCAGUGAAGGCCAUCGCCUGGUCACCCCACCAGCAUGGGUUGCUGGUGUCUGGAGGAGGAACGGCCGACCGCUGUCUACGCUUCUGGAACACCUUGACAGGCCAGCCCCUGCAGAGCACUGACACAGGCUCCCAGGUCUGCAACCUGGCCUGGUCCAAGCACGCCAAUGAGCUGGUGAGCACCCAUGGCUACUCUCAGAACCAGAUCCUGGUGUGGAAGUACCCGUCUCUGAACCAGGUGGCCAAGCUGACGGGACACUCCUACAGAGUUCUCUACCUGGCUGUGUCACCAGAUGGAGAGGCCAUUGUGACGGGGGCGGGAGACGAGACUCUGCGUUUCUGGAAUGUUUUCAGUAAGACACGCUGCACCAAGGAGUCCAAGUCAGUGUUGAAUCUCUUUACCAGGAUACGAUAGUGAAAUGGGAGGAGGACUAAAGUAGAGGGGAUCGGGGAGACAUCACCUUGAACCCCUAAUAAACCCCCCUUUACCACUCCACUGUAACUCAGUGCACCACAGCACCAACCAUCACUACGAACAAACUCCUCACAUCAAUUCCACCUUUUUUACCGAGGACAGCUCCAACCACCACCAGCCUGCGAGCAGCUGUCCCACUAAAGUGAUGUCAUUGAUUAAAAACUAACACAGCCUUCGAGUGAGGGGCUGGUUGUCUCUGUACAAUGUCUGUCUUAUAUUUCUGUCGUGGAUGUCCUGAGAUGUUUUAGAAUUAUCAUUAGGGCCAGCAGUUACUUUUUUAAAAAUCUGACCAUGUGACCUGAGCAGGGCCUGGAGUUUCUACUGGUCAGGUCACAUGUUCAGGAAAAAAGUCCUGUCUUUAGACAUAUACCUCCACUAAUAUAAUAUCUAAAAUAGUUGAAUAUAUAAAGUCCUCUCAUCACGGUGUAUCGUUUCUCAGCCUUUCCUACAUAACAGAGAGAGAGGCUUGGGGACUUUCUAUAUUUUGAUAAUAUGUAUCUGAACUACCAUAGAAUCCAACAGAAUGUCAUGAUAAUAAACGAGUACACCAAAAGAGUCAGCCUGCCCGAGCAGCUGCAGAGACUCAGA